AUGUCUGUGGUAGAAAUUGAAUCUGAGGAACAGUUCUCCAAGCUCACCAGCGAGGUUGCUCGCACACGCCUGAUUGCACUGUACUUCCAUACUCCGUGGGCGUCGCCAUGUAUCCAGAUGAACACAGUGUUUGCCACUCUUGCAGGUGCCAACCCCGAGAUUUUGUUUCUUUCGGUGAAUGCAGACGAUCACUCAGAGAUUAGCGAGUUAUUUGACGUCUCCUCUGUGCCAUAUUUUAUUCUUAUCAGAGACGGAACCAUACUGAAGGAGCUUUCCGGCGCCGACCCCAAGGAGUUCGUGAAUGCUCUGGCAGAAUUUUCCACGGUUUCGACCGAAACGCCCGAGAAGCAAGAAUCAAAAGCUGCUGUCACAUCUGUUAUUCCUGAGGAAGAGUCCGAGGAAGAGCUCAGGGACAGGCUCACCAAGCUGACCUCCGCCACAUCCAUCAUGCUGUUUAUGAAGGGAACGCCUUCUGCUCCUCAGUGUGGAUUCUCGAGGCAAUUGGUGGCAAUUCUGAGAGAACACCAGGUGAGGUUCGGAUUUUUUGAUAUUCUAAAGGACGACUCCGUGAGGAGCGGUCUCAAAAAGUUUUCAGAUUGGCCCACUUUCCCUCAACUCUACAUAAACGGCGAGUUCCAGGGCGGGUUGGAUAUUAUCAAGGAGAACCUUGAGGAUGAUCCAAACUUUUUCCAGAAUGCUCUUGGCGAGCAGUAA